GUAGACACCGAUUUGGUUAUUUGAGCAUCAUUAAGUGACCUUCAGCUUCGCAUGAAGAUUCCUUUCUCAGAGGAGCUCCAAACUGCAUCAUAGAAGAAAAUAUUUCUUGUCUUCAAAAUGAAAAUAGAUUUGGAGAUCAGUGAUCCAGUCCACUUUAGCUCUGGCGAUCAUCAACAUCUUGUUCAGAAAGCAGCAGUUAAAGGUAACCCUGGUAAACUGGAUCAGUCCUUCACAUAUUCAUCUGGAGACAGGCCACAAGAAGCCAUCAAACACUCAUAUCCAAAGCCUAGAGAUGGAGCAAAUAUCUAUGCAAUACAAAUUUCAGAUGCUUCUACAAAUGAGAACGCAAAUCCACACGGUCCCUUUGAAGACAUGUCUGUCCGUAGAGGUUUCAUUGUCAAAGUGUUCAUCAUCCUGUCAGUUCAGUUGAUCGUUACUGCGACAAUCAUCGGCGUGUUCGUUUUCUGCAUGCCUAUAAGAAAGUGGGUCAUCUCUGUGCCCUGGUUCCUGUAUGCACUCCUCCCAGCAAUUAUGGUUGUGAUUAUCGUGCUGGCUUGCUGUAGGGACGUCCGACGCCAAGUGCCAGCAAACUACAUUCUCCUGGCGUUCUUCACACUUCUGGAAGGUCUGCUGCUAGGAAGCAUGUCUAUCUUCUAUAGGGCAGAAGAGAUACUGUGGGCAACAGGAGCCACCACUGUGGUGACAUUAGCGCUCACUUUAUUUGCACUGCAAACAAAAUGGGAUUUUACCUUGCUAAAUGGAGUGCUGUUUGUGCUCACCAGUGUAUUACUUAUCUACGGGAUGAUCGCACUUGUGGUACAGUCAUAUUGGUUGCAUCUGGUGUACUCAGCGCUUGGAACACUGCUCUUCUCCAUGUACCUGGUGAUGGACGUGCAGAUGAUGGUCGGGGGGCACUACCAUUAUGAGGUAGACCCUGAAGAGUACAUAUUUGCUGCUCUGAACAUCUACGUGGACAUUAUCAACAUUUUCGUUUUCAUUUUGGACCUGAUUGGACAAUAGCUGAUGGCCAAGGCUGGCUAAGGUUCAGAAGAGAAAAGGUGGGACACCAGUGGAGUAUUGCCAGGCCUAGGCAUGAGCGAUGACCACCCAGGCCCUUUUAGUAGUCACCUACCUGUCUGUCUGUCUGUGUCCAAAGAAGCUAAGAAUGCAGCAGAUGGUAAAUGUUGCUGUUCUACUUUUACUUCCCUUUCUUAUUCGUAUGGAAAUAUUUCAGAUUCCUAUAAAUUCAGAAAAUAAGUAUCAUAAUCAUAUAUUAGUAUACAUUUAGAAGGUUCCUACUGCUUUGUUGAAGUUUUCUAGGUACAAUUUAAAGUUGUAAACACCACCUGUACAUAAAUAAAGCUGAUUGUG